AUGAGCGUUGUCGACAUUGCAGCAAACGGCGCCGGCGCUGUCGUCGCCGGCUACCUGGCCGGCGCUGCAGCGGGCCCGGCCAUCUCAGCGAGCGCGGCGACCGCGACGGGCCUGCGAAACGGCGCGAGGCCGCCCAUGCUGCGAACGAGCGUCGCCGUCGCCGCGAUAUCCAUAGCGCUGCUGGGCUUUCUCGCUUCGGCAGCCGUUACGCUGGGCUCGACUACCCUGAGCCUCGCGCCGUCGUUCGCGAGGCUGCCGCUGCUGGCCCUGAUGCUCGCCAUCGUCGCGGCGCUCGCUCCCAUGACGGCUCUAAUCACCGGCACCUUCUUCUCGCCGGCCAUACCGUUCCAGGACGAGGACGACGCCAGCGAGUACCAGGACAUGCAGGACAGCUACAGUGAUUUGGGCUCGGGGCAGCUUGUCAGCCCUCAGCCGAAGCUGGGGCCGGUCCCGUAG